AUGACUGCCUUCCUGGAUGAAAUAAUUUCGCACUUAGAGGGGUUAAGGACGAAAGCCGGGGUGAAGUUCAACAGUUGUGAAGACACCUGUGGCUUCACCAGCUGUGAAGAUCCCUGUGACUUCACCAGCUGUGAAGAUCCCUGUGGCUUCACCAGCUGUGAAGAUCCCUGUGGCUUCACCAGCUGUGAAGAUCCCUGUGGCUUCACCAGCUGUGAAGAUCCCUGUGGCUUCACCAGCUGUGAAGAUCCCUGUGGCUUCACCAGCUGUGAAGAUCCCUGUGGCUUCACCAGCUGUGAAGAUCCCUGUGGCUUCACCAGCUGUGAAGAUCCCUGUGACUUCACCAGCUGUGAAGAUCCCUGUGGCUUCACAAGCUCUGUGGAAGAUCCCUGUGGCUUCACCAGCUGUGAAGAUCCCUGUGGCUUCACCAGCUGUGAAGAUCCCUGUGACUUCGCUAGAUGUGAAAACCUCUGUGACUUCACCAGCUGUGAAGAUCCCUGUGGCUUCGCUAGAUGUGAAAACCUCUGUGACUUCACCAGCUGUGAAGAUCCCUGUGACUUCACCAGCUGUGAAGAUCCCUGUGGCUUCACCAGCUGUGAAGAUCCCUGUGGCUUCACCAGCUGUGAAGAUCCCUGUGGCUUCACCAGCUGUGAAGAUCCCUGUGGCUUCACCAGCUGUGAAGAUCCCCGUGACUUCACCAACCCUGUGAAGAUCCCUGUGGCUUCACCAGCUGUGAAGAUCCCUGUGGCUUCACCAGCUGUGAAGAUCCCUGUGGCUUCACCAGCUGUGAAGAUCCCUGUGACUUCACCAGCUGUGAAGAUCCCUGUGACCUCACCAGUUGUGAAGAUCCCUGUGACUUCACCAGCUGAAGUUCUUCCAGCAGGGAGCCUUGUGUGCCUGCCAGGUGCCUUCCAGCAACCAGAUAUUUUGAAAAUGUGA